CACUACCACCACCACCUACGUACACCGUCUAUACCCACCCUUUCCUUUCUUCAAGCUCGAAGCAAUGUGUGAAUACAGCGACACAAUACCGCCUCCCGGCGAGCUGAUAGACCCCCUAUUCCUCGAAAUAUUCCUCGAACUCGAAUAUCUCAAGCGUCGGCUAGUAGUAGUCACCACGAGCUCUGAACUUGCCAUAACCCUGGAAUCCAUCAAAGACGCAAUAGCACGGUGCAAGGACUAUCAACUGAAGGAAUCUCUUAUUCGUGAACUGGCGGCAGAAAUCGUGGACCUCAAGGUUACAGUGCGUAAUAGGUCUGGUGAAGACUGUGAUGAGUACAGGAUGCUGGUCCUGCAAGAAAAGUGGGUUGAUACACGUGAGGAUCGUUCGCCUGCUCUUGUCCAAAGAUUUCUGGCUUGUGAUACUCGCUCUGUUUCUCCUGUGGUUUCUAUCUCGGGUCAAAGGUCUAGCUUGACUGUCGCGUUUUCGUGGCUGUAUCACACUAUACCUCUGCAUACCUCUCCUGAAAGGAUCUUAUAUCUAUUGUUGUACCCGCACAAUAUCGUCAAUUUCAUCGGCAAACGCAUCGUCUUCUUGGAAAACUUUCUCCAGUUAGUCGAAGGCGCAAAAAGUGUGAACGUCCGUGCAUCACGCGCGAAUACUGAACAAAUGCAGGGACUUGCAAGCGUUACUGCUUGGGUCAAGGUCGUAACAAACGCGUCGUUCUUCAAUUGUCCUUUAGUAUUUCUGACCUCCAAGUCCUGCUUUGAAUAA